GUUAGAAAAGAAGUUGGGGAUGUUACUAUUCUAAUCAAUAACGCUGGCAUACUGCUUGGGAAAAAGUUUUGUGACAUUCCAGAUGCAGAUUUUGAAAAGACCUUAAGAGUCAACUUCCUCUCUCAAGUCUGGACUUGCAAGGCCUUCCUUCCAGCCAUGAUGACCUAUAACCGUGGACACCUGGUUAGCGUAGCCAGUGCAGCAGGAUUGUUGGGAGUCCACAGAAUGUCAGAUUAUGCUGGAAGUAAAUGUGCAAUCAUUGGAAUGAUGGAAGCCUUAGAUUCGGAAAUGUAUCAUGGAGGAAAACAAGGCAUUAAAACCACAAUCAUUUGCCCUUAUUUUGUUAACACUAAAUUAGCUAAAGGUUUUCAAACCCAAAACCACCUUUUUCUUCCUGUUUAUGAUGCAGAGUAUGUAGCCAGCAAGAUCAUGGAUGCAAUUCAAAAGGAAAAGUUUUAUCUAAUCAUGCCUCCGACUUUACGCACUCUUGCUUUCAAACUUCUUGUUCCUAGGAAAAUGGUACUACUCUUUGAAUCUUGCCUUAAGAUUGCCAACAGCUUGGAUAAAGCCUUUGGUCGGAAAAAAAAGGAUUGA